CCCAGUUUAAAAGCCGCCAUUUUCCCUCCAAAUUCACUUGGUCUUGUCUAUCUAAUCCUUUUCAGGUCAAGAACUAGCUAGGGUCCCUCCAAGAUUAUUCACCUCUUCUCCAACAUGUUCAAAGCAGUUUCUCUCUUCAGCCGGAAGAAGACGCCUCGUCGUCCGUUCAAGGACUUCUACGCCGAGUGGAUCGACACGCUCAAGAACACCCUCCUCCCGCCACUCCGCCGCUCCAUGUCCUGGUCCGCCUCGCCCUCCGCCUAUCUCCUUCCGGCCUACGUCGACAUGAUCCACCGUCAUCUCCAGUCCUACUACGAUGCCCUCGACGUCGCCGCCUCCGACGACGUCGCCCAGCUUCUCUUCCCCGACUGGCGCAACUCCCUCGAAAAGCCCUUCCUCUGGCUUGGCGACCUCCACCCCUGCCUCUUCACCAACCUCGUCCGCUCCUUCCUCGAGUCCAAAGACUCCGACGUCGACGUCGCCGAACCCUCCCAUCUCUUCGACAAGCCAUGGGAGAUUGUGAUGGCGUGGAAGAAUCCGACGGAGGCUUUGAUCAAAAGAAUCGAUGAGAUCGAGCGCGGGUUGCGGCUGAUGGUGCCGGCGCUGGUGGCGAGGGGUAGGGCGGCGCAGGCACUGCUGGCGGGGAGGGUGGGGGCGGAGUGGGGGCGCUGCGAGGGGAGGAAGGAGGCGGCGAAGGCGGCGGUGGGGGAGGCCGUGAAGGCGGAGAUGGAGGAGAUGGCGAGCGUUUUUGUAGACGCGAAUCGGGUCCGGCGGAGUGUGUUGGCGGAUAUAGUGAGCGCCACCAGCAUUUAUCAGGCGGCUCUGUUUCUGGAAGGAUUGUCCCAAUUCCUUGUUGGGUUUCGGGACCGUGAAUUGCUGGCGGAGUUUGAGCGCUGCAAGACGCCUCUCAACUGGUCAUCGAAUUCGACUGGUACCGGAUUUUGACAUUUUUCCCGCAUUUUCUCUCUUACUUUCUUGCAUAAUCGUGAUUCGUGAAGCAGAGCAACUCUGUAAAUCCUCGUCUUCAUUUGCGAAAAUUGUGUUCUUCCAUUCUUCACUGGUUUACAACAGAGAAUGUGAUCAGGACGAUGCUAAUGAUAGAGAUAUCUUUUGUUUUUUUGUUUUUUGUGGGAUCGUUGUAAUUUUAAUAUUUGCUGUUCAGAUAUAUUGAUUGAUAAUCAGUGGGAUUAAGGGACCAUUCGACCCCCCCCCCCCUUAACUAGUCUCGGGGUUUCAUCUUAAGAUUUGUGGGUAUUAUUUUGUUUCUCUUCAUUAUAAUAAUAUAUAAUAUAGAAAUUAGAUGGAUAGAGCAGUGUAAAUUCACCUCAUUUUCAUAUCUAUUUCCUUCCAUCCUUCCUUCCGUUGCUCCGCCGAAUCCUAUUCUACCCAAUCAAACCUCACCUAAAAAUGCACCUGAAAUUAUAUGUUUAAAGGCUAAAAAGGAAAGAAAAAAUAAAUAAAUUUGAGUGGACUUGAAAUUCAUAUUUCAACCAAAAAAAAAAUCCCCUUUCCAACAAUGAACUUCAUAU